AUGAUUAUAUUGGUUGGUGUCCACAAGUGUACCUCUAGGUCUAGAGGACUCCAUCCUGCCGGAAGUGUUGAUGUGUUGCACUGCUACUAUGCCCAUGGAGAAGAAAAUGAAAAUUUCCAAAGACGCAGUUAUUGGAUGCUUGAAGAGGAUCUGCAACACAUAGUUCUCGUCCACUACCGGGAAGUUAAGGGAAAUAGGACAAACUUUAACCAUACUAAGGGAACUGAAGAAGCUGUUCCUUAUUCCCACGAAACUGAAGAAAUUGCACUCAAUUCUGAGAUGGAAAAUUCUGUUUCUUCUAGUUUCAAUCCAAAUACUUUCCAAAUGCGUUCCCAAGCUACAGAUACAACAAGCUUGAGUAGUGCUCAGGCAUCAGAAUUCGAAGAUGCUGAAUCAGCAUAUGAUCACCAAGCAAGUUCCCGGUCACAACCUUUUCUCGAAUUACUACAGCCUAAGGCUGAGAAGAUCAAUGCUGGAUUCUCUGAUGCAUUCUAUCCAACGUUGUUUUCAAAUAAUUAUCAAGAAAAAUUGUCAGCCAUUCCUGAGGUAAAUUUUGGCUCACUUACUCAAGCAUACAAGAGGGAAGAUGGUAAUGAUGCUGAUGUUACCUAUGAGCCCACCAAAAAUCUUAACUCUUCGUUAUGGGAGGCUGCCCUGGAAAACAGUGCUACUGGAUUUCAGUCUUUGUCUUUUCAGCCAUCAUUUUCGGCAACACAUUCUGAUAUGAUGGGGAUUAUCUCUAAGCAAGAAAAUGGGAUGCUUGGGCACCUUUUCACAGACAGUUUUGAGAAAAAGCAGAUGUGUGAGAGUAAACCAAGGGUCCAACAAGGUUGGCAGACUUCGGAAGAAAACUCAUCAUGUUCAUCUAGCUGGCUUAUGGAUCGGAACUUGCAUUCAAAUACAGUAGAUGAUGUCUCCAGCUUCCAUGAAGGACUCACUGCCGCUAAUUUACUCAAUUCUCUAGCGCCUUGCCAUACGAAUUCUGAUAAGACAAAUGAUUAUUCUAUACCAAAUGACCUUCAAAUACAGCCUUCAACCACUGAGCAAGAAUAUUAUCUAAAGUCCAUUUCAAAGAGAAAUGAGACCAUAGAGGGAAAAGCCAAUCACGCUUCUGCUAUAAAGCCUUUGUUAGAUGGCCCAUUCACUGAAGGCUUGAAGAAGCUUGACAGUUUCAACCGAUGGAUGAGUAGAGAACUUGGAGACGUGGAUGACACACAAACACAGUCCAAUUCUGAGACCUACUGGGAUACUGUUGAAAGUGAGAAUGGGGUUGAUGAGUCCAGUGUUCCCCUGCAAGUACGCUUGGAUAGCUAUAUGCUGGGGCCUUCUCUUUCCCAAGACCAGCUCUUUAGCAUUAUUGAUUUUUCACCAAACUGGGCAUAUGAAAACUCUGAAAUCAAGGUUCUGAUCACGGGAAGAUUCUUGAAGAGUCAACAAGCAGAAGCUUGUAAAUGGUCAUGUAUGUUUGGGGAAGUUGAAGUUCGUGCUGAGGUUAUAGCAGAUGGUGUUCUUCGUUGUUAUACACCCGUCCAUAAGACUGGGAGGGUUCCAUUCUAUGUGACAUGUUCCAAUAGGCUAGCGUGUAGUGAAGUGAGGGAAUUUGAAUACCGAGUUUGCCAAAUUCCAGAUUAUGAUGCUAAAGAUGAUAACAGUGGCUGCACAAACGAUAUACUUAGUAUGCGGUUUGGAAAAUUGUUGUCUCUAAGCUCUACUUCUCCAAAUUUUGAUCCCAACAGUCUGGUGAAAAAUGACAAUGGUGAGUGGGACAGGAUGCUACAGCUUACGUCAGAUGAAAACUUUUCCUUGGAGAGAGUAGAGGAGCAGUUGCUUCAUCAGCUACUUAAAGAGAAGUUGCAUGUAUGGCUCUCACAGAAACUGGCUGUUGGUGGGAAAGGCCCUAGUGUACUAGACGAGGAUGGCCAAGGUGUGUUACAUUUUGGAGCAGCUCUUGGCUAUGAUUGGGUCUUGCUGCCCACAAUAACUGCCGGAGUCAGUGUCAAUUUUCGUGAUGUGAAUGGAUGGACGGCUCUUCAUUGGGCAGCUUUUUGUGGCAGAGAGCGCACAGUUGCUUCCCUCAUCUCCCUCGGCGCGGCUCCCGGAGCAUUAACAGAUCCAAGUACCAAAUACCCUACUGGCAGAACACCUGCAGACCUAGCUUCUGCACAGGGCCACAAAGGAAUUGCUGGUUAUCUUGCAGAAUCUGCUUUGAGCGCCCACCUUUCAUCUCUUAAUUUGGACAUCAAGGAAGGCAAUAAUGCUGGGAUUUCAGGAGCCAAUGCAGUACAAACAGUUUCAGAACGAAUUGCAACUCCUAUCGGGAAUGGGGAUUUAACGGAUGGGCUUUCCCUGAGGGAUUCUUUAACUGCUGUCUGUAAUGCCACCCAAGCUGCUGCUCGUAUUCAUCAAGUGUUCAGGGUACAAUCUUUUCAGAGGAAGCAGUUGAAAGAAUAUGGUGGCAAUGAAUUUGGAAUUUCAGAUGAACAUGCACUGUCACUCAUUGCAGUGAAGUCACAUAAGCCAGGGAAACGUGAUGAGCAUGUUGAUGCUGCUGCAAUACGAAUUCAAAAUAAGUUCCGUAGUUGGAAGGGUAGAAAAGACUAUUUGAUAAUCCGACAGCGUAUUGUCAAAAUUCAGGCUCAUGUAAGAGGCCACCAGGUGAGGAAAAACUACAAAAAGAUAGUGUGGUCUGUAGGAAUUGUAGAGAAGAUUAUUUUGCGUUGGAGACGAAAAGGAAGUGGAUUGCGUGGGUUCAAGUCAGAGCCACUUAUUGAGGCCCCCAGCAUACAAGUUUCAUCCUCGAAGGAUGAUGAUUAUGAUUUACUGAAAGUAGGAAGGAAGCAAAAUGAGGAAAGGUUGCAAAAGGCCCUUGCUAGGGUGAAGUCCAUGGUUCAAUAUCCUGAAGCAAGAGAUCAAUACCGUCGGCUACUUAAUGUUGUUACUGAGAUAAAGGAAACCAAGGUGGUAUGUGAUAGUGCUGUGAAUAGUUCAGAAGGGAGAGCUGAUAUGGAUGAUGAUCUCAUAGAUUUUGCAGAAUUGUUGGAUGAAGACAUUUUCAUGCCUACAGCAGGUCCAUAG